AUGCGACGGCGCAGUGUUGGAGACGCACCGGAGCUGACGAGACGAAUUAGAGAAGCCGACGAUCGUGACUUCUGGACUCUGGAGUUCGGCCGUUCGAAACUUCAAGAGAGGCUGACUGAAUCUGCUGCAGCUUCUUUCGUGUCCCAAAUGGAUGGUCUAAUUCCCCCUUCUGAUGACUUAGACCCAAAGGUAGAUGAGAUAGAUUCUUUUGAGCAACAUGUUUACAACCUAUUUGCUGCAUCAAAGGCUCUGAAGCGUAAGAGACGCAAGACCACCGAAUUUUGGAAUGUUAAAACAAUUGAAUUCAAUGGGACAAUCAAGCAACUUUAUUUAAGUGUGAGAGAAGCUAUGAAGCCACCUAACGGUAGAAAGAUCGUACCGAGGUUCAACGAUAGACUGCAACCAGUUGGAAAUGAAGCUAGUAUACUAAGCGGCGUUGUCGGAAUGUUGGGAUCUGACUACACCAAAUUUUUAAUCUGCGAGAAGGACUGGAGAAAGGAAUUAUUUCAUUUUGAAGAAGAUAGUAGAGGAAUUAUCAAGCGUACGAUAUUAAAAAUGCUAAGAAGGGCUUGGAAGGACACGAGGAAUCAUUUGUAUCAUUACUUUUACGAUGAAGAGCUAACUCUUGAACAAAAUAUUAGAGGCCGUCCACCGGAAAUUACUGCAGAUCAAUGGAGAUGGUUCCUUGAUUAUCACAACAGUGAUGAAACAAAGGAGAAGUGUAGGAAAAAUGCUGAGAAUCGAUCGAAGCAGUUAUACACUCAUACUGGCGGAUCGAAAAGCUUGGCAAGGCUCGAAGAAGAAGAGUCGGAACGACAGGGGCGUCCAGUUUUGUUUGUUAAAACUGUGUCCAAAGAAAGAAUUGCGAAGAUUGAGCAACGUGAUGAAUCAUCUAGGCUAUUGUCUCAGAAUGAUUCACUUGCUCAAGCUCUUGGAAAGGAGCACCCAGGUAAAGUGCGUGGCAUGGGAAUCGGACCGACUACUAGUCAAGUGUUUAAUUCGAAUUCAGCUCAACCAAUCAUUGGAACUCAAAGGGAGGAGACCCAAAGGGUGUUGCUUGAACUACAAGCAGAGCUGGCGGCUGAGAAAUUAAAAAGAAAGGCAAUGGAGAGUGCUCUAAUGUGUCUAGUUCGAGAGCAAGGUGGGGAGCUACCACCAAAUGUGGCUGCAUGGAUAAAUUCAUUAGAGGGACAGAGUAGAGAGUGGAUCUAA